AUGGUCCGCCGCCGCCGGCCCCCGCGCCCGGGCGCCAUGACCGAGCUGCCCCCGCUCAAGAUUCUGUCCCAGAUCCUCCUGCUGCAGGCACUCUUCUACGUCGCCGCCGCGUCGCUGAUCCUGUUCACGGCGCUGGUGGCCGGCCGGCGCUUCUCGCUCGACCUGGUGCUCAGUUGGCGGAGCCUGAGGGGCGACACGACGGUCGGCUGGAUGCUGGGUUUGGUGUGGCUGCUGAACAGUCUGAUAUCGGUCAUCGGCAUCCUGCUUCUCAUCAGCAGGAGCAAACUCGUGCCCGACUUCGCCAUCUCGCUCCACCUCAUCCACCUGCUCGUCGUGUCCCUGUACUCGCACUCGAUCCCGCGGUACCUGCUCUGGUGGAUCCUGCAGCUCUCCUCCGCCGCGCUGAUGACGGCCCUAGGCGUGUGGGCGUGCCAGUGGCGGGAGCUGCGGCCCAUCAACUUUGGCGGCGGCGGCGCUGCGGGCUCGAGUGCGGCGGGUGAUGUUCCCGCUGAUGGCGGGGAUGGGCCGGUGGGUGAUGAGGAUCUGGGUUUUGGGCGCGGGAGAGGGAGGGGAAGGGGACGGGAUGGCGCGGGGGAAUACGAGAUGGUGGGCAUGAAGGAAGGGCAGGGGAGUUGA